UGCAUGCUUAUAGAGACAUUUCUCUUUCUUUUGUUUUACUAUAGAAAGCUACUACAAUGCAUCACUUGGUGUUCUUAGGAAGUUCUUUGCCUUGUAUUUUGCUCCAACAUGUAAAAUCUAAAAUAUGGAUUGGUUUAUUAGUAAGUUUCCGUUCUAUUGAUUGAUGUUCUUAAUUGAUCAUUGACUAAAUCAUAUGUAAUUUUUGCUUCUUACAAUUGCUAAUUUUCUAUAAAAGAAUUUUCCAAUCCUGUUACUCUAUAAAUUUUCAAACAUUUUCUUUGUUGUUUGUUCAUUAACAGGUUCAAAAACAUCUAUUGACACUCCAAUUCUGAGUUAAGUCUUUCUGUAACAUGUAAGAUGGACAUUGUUUGGUAUUUAGAUCUUAGAGUUUCUACAACAUUUUUACAAAUGGGCCUACAUCAAUUAAAAAAUUGACGAAGUUUAUAGGAUUUGUAUUGGACCUCCCUAAGCUAAGUCACCAAAUUAAAAACAGAACAGAAGAAAAAGUUGCAAAAAUCGAUGCUUAUGAAGAAUCAAAAAAUGAUAUGAAUAGUUCGAUCUUUCAUUCCCAGUCUUCUACAAUCAUUUUCUUGCAUUGGUUUUCUGCUUCUUCACACAUAUUUGUGUUGUCAGCUUUAUCCAUUUCUUGGGCUUACAAGAAAUGCAUGAUGCCUACCAUUGAAAAUUCGAAAACACUGUUGAAGAAUACAAAUUUUUACUACUGGCUAAUUCUUAAAUCUUGCAUGGGUCUAUCAUUCUGUGAUCUUUUACUAUGCAUGUUAAACUACUUCUCUGGGUAUAGACAUGGCUGGCCUGAUCUAAAGCUUUUUACCCAAUUGGAUUUUGCAUUCAGAGCAGUAACUUGGUUUGUGAUCUCUACUUACUUAAGCAUCCAGUUCUCUCAUUCAAAUGAGCAUAGGUUCCCCAUUUUCCUAAGGAUUUGGUGGGUCUUCUACUUCCUAAUGUCUUUUUCAUGUCUUGGUAUACAUCUUGGUUUGUAUUGGAAACAUUCAUCAAUACUUUUCCUACUAUGGAUCUCCGAUGGUAUAUCUGUUAUUGCUAGUUUGUUCUUUUGUUAUGUUGGGUUGUUUGGAGAAGGGAGAGAAAACAAAGAUAUUCAUCUUUUGGAGCCUCUUUUGAAAAUUAGUUCAAAUCAAAGCAAUGACGACAAUGGGCAAGAAUCAAGAGUUGGUGGAGACAAUGUAACUCCUUAUGCAAAUGCCAAUCUUCUUAGUGUUUUUACUUUCUCUUGGAUAGGUCCUUUGCUUGCACUCGGGUAUAAUAAAACACUGGACCUUGAAAAUGUUCCUCAACUUGAAAAUUGUGACAGGACCAAUGUGGUUUUUGCUCUUUUUAGAAAAAAACUUGAACCUGAUGAUAAUGAAGAUGGUGAUGACAGUCAAGUAAGAACACUGAAGUUAGGGAAAGCACUAGUUCUUUCAACAUGGAAAGAUAUUCUAGGGACGGCUAUGUUAUCAUUAUAUGCACAUUGGCUUCUUAUGUCGGACCAUACCUUAUUAAGACCUUCGUUCAAUAUCUCGAUAGCCAUCACCAUACAAAAUAUAAAGGCUAUGUGCUAGUGCUUAUUUUUUUUCUUUCAAAGCUCAUAAAGUGCAUCUCAGAGAGACAUUUGUUCUUUCAAUUACGAAAGAUGUCAAUAAGGGUCCAUUGUGCCUUGUUUGCAAUAAUCUAUAAGAAAGGUCUCAGGCUUUCAAGCCAAUCAAAGCAAGGUCACACUAGCGGGGAGAACAUUAAUUUAAUGAGUGUUGAUGUUGAGAGAACUAGCCUUUUCAGUUGGUACUUGCACACUAUAUGGAGGGUGCCGGUUUAGGUUGUUUUAGCAUUAUUGAUCUUGUACAAGAGUAUUGGGAUUGGCUCACUCGUAGCUUUUGUUUGCAUAAUGAUUUUGUUGCUAGCGAAUGUACCAUUAGGAAAACUACAGGAGAAAUUUCAAGGGGAAUUGAUGGAUGAAAAGGAUCGAUGAAUGAAGGUGACAUCUGAAGCCCUAAAAAAUAUAAGGAUUCUCAAGCUCCAGGGCUGGGAUAUGAAGUUUUUGGCUCAGAUUAUUAAGCUCAUAAACUUUGAAACAAGAAAGUUAAAAAAAUUACUGUAAUCAACAGCUAUGAUUUCCUUUUUCUAUUUGUCUGCUCCCAUGUUUAUGUCCAUGGUUUCUUUUGGGUUCUGUGUGCUUAUUGGAAUUCCACUAGAGUCGGGGGUGAUUCUAUCUACACUUUCUAUAUUUGAGAUAUUGCAAGAGUCGAUUUACAUUCUCCCAGAUCUAAUCUCUAUGGUAGUCCAGACUAAAGUUUCCCUCGAUCGAAUAGCAUCAUUCCUCCAUCUCGAUGGUCUUCAUCCAAAUAUAGUACAGAAACUUCCAAGAGAUAGUGUUGAGGUUGCAAUUGAGAUAGUCAAGGGGGAUUUCUCUUGGGACCUUCAUUCCCCUAAUCUCACAUUAAAAGAUAUUGAUUUUCGAGUGUACCAUGGUAUGAAAGUGGCUGUUUGUGGUUUUGUCGGAUCAGGAAAAUCAAGCCUACUUUCAUGCAUAUUGGGAGAAGUGCCAAAGGUAUCUGAAGACAUUAAGUAGAAUGGAACAAAGGCUUACGUUGCACAAUCACCUUGGAUACAGAGUGGCAAGGUAGUAGACAAUAUAUUAUUUGGCAAGAAGAUGGACAAUGAAAAGUAUAAUAUUAUCCUUGAAGCAUGUUCAUUGAAAAAGGACUUAGAAUUGUUUGCCUUCGGUGACCAAACUAUCAUAGGGGAGAGGGGACUCAACUUAAGUGGUGGGCAGAAGCAAAGAUUCCAGAUUGCACGUGCUUUAUACCAUGAUGCCGAUAUUUAUCUUCUUGAUGAUCCUUUUAGUGUUGUGGUCGCUCACACAGGAACUCAUCUAUUUAAGGAGUGUUUACUAGGAAUUUUGGGUUCAAAAACAGUAAUUUAUGUUACCCAUCAACUAGAGUUUUUAUCUUCUGCUGAUCUUAUUCUGGUUAUGAAAGAUGGAAGGAUUACUCAAACAGGAAAGUAUGAAGAAAUUUAUAAAUCAGGAUCUGACUUUAUAGAAUUAUGAUAAACCUAUUGAAGAUGAUGAGGAAAGAGAACCCAAAAACUGCAAAACUGAAAAGCCAACUAUGUCAGAAGGGCAGCUUGUCCAAGAAGAAAAAAGAGAAAAGGGUAGAGUUAGUCUUUCAAUCUAUUGGAAGUACGUUACUGCUGCAUAGAAAGGGGCUUUUGUACCAUUGAUAUUGUUGGCACAAAUUCUUUUUCAACUUCUCCUAAUAAUCAGUAGUUAUUGGAUGGUACUGUCUACUCCCAUUUCAGAGGAUGUAAGAUCUCAUGUUGAAGGAUCCACCCUCAUAUUUGUUUAUGUUGCUUUGACUCUUGGAAGCUCUCUUUGUGUACUUAUAAGGUCCAUACUCAUUGCAACUGCUGGAUAUAAGACAUCAACUUUAUUUUUCAACAAAAUGCAUAAAUGCAUAUUCUGUGCUCCAAUGUCAUUUUUUUAUUCUACUCCACGUGGAAGGAUUCUAAAUCAGCAUCCACAGAUCAAAAUGCACUUGAUACCACUAUUCCAAUUCAAAUUGAAGAACUUCUUAUGUCACUCAUACGAUUCUUAGGAACUAUGGCAGUAAUGUCACAAGUUGAGUGGAAAAUAUUAAUAGUUUUUAUUCCGAUGACUGUGACAUGCAUAUGGUAUCAGAAAUACUACAUAUGUGCAUCAAGAGAACUAGCACGGCUAUGUGGAGUAUGCCAGGCUCCAAUUGUACAACAUUUUGCUGAAUCCAUAUUAGGUUCAACCACAAUUAGAUGCUUCAAUCAAGAAGAAAGGUUUAUGGAUACAAACUUCAAGCUGGUGGAUGCAUAUUCUAGGCCCAAAUUUCAUUUUUCUAGUGCAAUGGAGUGGUUAUGCUUUCGCAUGGAUAUGCUAGCAACCAUCACAUAUGCCACCUUUUUGGUUUUCUUGAUCUCAAUGCCAACGGGAAUGCUUAGUCCUGGUGUUGCCGGUUUAGCAGUCACAUAUGGGCUUGGUUUCAGUAUGCAUGGGGUCAUAUGGGAUCUUACAGUUCUUGAGAAUAAUAUCAUAUCUGUUGAGAGAAUACUACAAUAUUCCUACAUCCCUAGCGAAGCUCCUCUGUUGGUAGAAGAAAAUAGGCCAGGUCAUGAAUGGCCAUCACAAGGAAAAGUUGAGAUUGUUGAUUUGCAAGUCCAAUAUGGCCCACACCUUCCUCUUGUCUUGCGAGGUGUCACAUGUACUUUCCCUGGAGGGAUGAAGAUUGGCAUCGUUGGGCGAAUGGGAAGUGGUAAAUCAACACUCGUACAGACUCUCUUUCGUAUGCUUGAACCUACAGCCGGUCAGAUUUGGAUAGAUGGUAUCAACAUCUUUAACAUUGGCCUUCAUGACUUACAGUCAAGAUUGAGCAUCAUCCCGCAAGAUCCCACAAUGUUUGGCGGGACUCUAAGAAGUAAUCUUGACCCGCUUGAAGAAUAUACUGAUGAAGAGAUUUGGGAGGUGAGUUUUUUUUUUUUUUUUUUUCUCAUUUGAUAAUCUCUAAUCAUCGCCAAAGAUUGGAUGGAUAUAUCUUUUACCUUAUUGAUGAUUUUAUUACAAAGCAAAUGUAUUGCAAC